AUGGUCAAGAGUCCUAGCAUCGCAUUUGUCAGUGGACUGAUCUUGAUCGCCUAUGGCAUUUAUGGUAUCGUAAGUCACGUCGAUGAAUUUAUGCAACUAUCCAGAUAUCAGAGUGGACUGACAAUGUUAGACAUCGAAACAACCAAUAUGGCAACUGUCCUGGAUCAGUUAAAAGAAUUAAUUAUCUCUCAACAAGCAAAUUCAAACUCAAUUGAAUCGGCAUUGAGUACCCUUAACUCAGUUUCGUAA